GAGCUUUUAGCCGUGGUUUAUUGGCCAUAUACCACAACCCUGAAGUGCCUUACUGGUUACAAAUGUAAUUAGAGCAAUAAAAAUGUAUAUUUUGUCAUAGCUGUGUCAUAUCAGUCCGUAUACCAUGGGGAUCAGCCAAUCCGCAGGGCUCGAGCCAUUUAUAGGCUACCUUAGACAUUUAGACUCAUGCAUGUGAUUUUUAAGGCACAAUGUGCAAUUUUAAACACAUUUGUUUUGUCUUAGCCUUCAGGAGUAGGUGGUUAAGGUCAUUGAAUUUGUAUUAUUUUCCAGUCAUCUGUUCAAGCAAGUGAAUUCUUGCCCACAUCAUAAAUAAAAAGUUACGGUUGCUUUUAGUUGUCUAACCCACGGACCUCCUUUGGUUGCCUCAAUAGGAUGCACUUCAUGGAAUGGAACAUGACUGGUCCAGGAAUACGCUUUGCUUUCAAAUGAGACAUGGAAAGAAACUGAGAAUAAUAGACAAGGAACCUCUCACGUAACACUUCAAGUCUGUCUGUCUUUUCAGGUCAUCCUACUCAACGAGCACUCACUUGUUACAUUAUUGCGGCGCUGCAGACUCCUCAAUAACAAAGCUGUAUGAUAAAGAUGCCACGGUCUUUUCUGGUGAAGAAACAUCUCACUAAUAAGAAGCCAAACUAUGGAAUUCUGGAUUCAAAAUCAGACGCUCUCCACACCAGCCUGUUCUAUCUUGAGGUCCCCUUUUACAUCCCCAGCACUCCUCAGCCCCUGGAAGGUUGGCUGCCAGGGCCAAGUCUCAUCCCCACACCAGCAUCCAUGCACUCUCCCAAGGUAGACAGGCUGCCUUCAAGGGACACCAGCUUGUCCCUGCAUAGCUCAACACAGGAAUUCACCUACCCCCUGUCAGUGUCUCACAACAAUCCGCUAAGAGACUCACAGUCCGCAUUUAAGUCCCUGGGAACCAUGGAACACCAGACCUUCCUGCUCUCACAGGACUUCAGACACCCGGAGGAGAGGGGCAGCAUGCCUAAUCCCCUCCUGGGCCUUGUUCACUCUAGUGUUAGUCAGGAGCGCUUUGAAUGCUUUGACUGCCACAAAGCCUACUUCACCUUCUCUGGGCUGGCCAAGCACAGGCAGUUGCACUGUGAGUGGCAGUGUCACAAGUACUUCUGCUGCAGGUACUGUGACAAGGAGUACGUGAGUCUGGGAGCUCUGAAGAUGCACAUCCGAACACACACACUGCCCUGCGUCUGCAAGCUCUGUGGGAAGGCCUUCUCCAGGCCUUGGCUGCUCCAGGGACACAUUCGCACACAUACAGGUGAGAAGCCCUUCUCCUGCCCACACUGCAGCCGGGCGUUUGCUGACCGCUCCAACCUCCGAGCACACCUACAGACACACUCUGACAUCAAGAAAUACCAGUGCAAGAGUUGCUCCAAAACCUUCUCCAGGAUAUCUCUGCUCUGCAAGCAUGAAGAGGCUGGCUGCUCCCCACUCUCCUGAUUCCGUUUACUGCCAGUGCUGCCCACUCUGUGCCUAUUGCCUACUUGCCUAGACUAAUAUCUGGUUCUAUUAACAUCAGACUUCCCUCACAAAGCACUGGAGAUGGACUACUAUUAGUGACACGGAGCUCUGACUACUGUAUGUUUUUGGUCUCUGACAUUUCAAGCUCGUGAAAUAAGCACAAUGGACUGUGUCCAAAGACGUUCUUACGUCAUAUAUUUGACAUAUGAAGUAGUUGUAUGACAUCAAGACAAAUAGAGAAAAGUUGUUAUCGCAUGCUGCCAAAAAUACUUGAAAUUUAAAGCCUUGAAGUUUUUGAUUGUGUUAUUGAUGAUUACCUGUGUCUUUUGAGGAAAUGUAUAGCUGGAGUAUACAAUUUUGAAUGAACUUUGUUUAAAGACAAUAAAUACCUAUUUUUGUACAA